AUGUCGAGCCUCUCUCCAACUACCGGGGGUUCUGCUCGGAAGAAACGCCUAGUGGAGCUCGCCACGACACCGAAGACCGGGGGAGCCAAAGCAUUCUCUUCCCCCAGUCCCCCUUCGUGGGCCAUCGUUGAUCCACGAUGGGCUGCUCUGCCGAUCACCCGGUUGAAGUCCAACAGUGAAGUGACUCUCGACAUCCGGCCCCUUCCAAAGGUCCGAUCACUGGUUCUUGUUGCCGAGCAUUCCGUCAUUUAUCCUCCUGUAAAUGGAGUGCUGCGUGAUGUGUAG